AUGGCGGGGAAGUACAGAGUUCUCGGGCCUCGGAAGGAUGGCUCAAGCGGGGAUCAAUUGCCAGAACUCCUCUAUGACGACGCUAAGGUACGGCCAAUGAAGGGCGGCGACGAGAAGUAUGAAUCGCGAACGACCAGACGCACUUCGCCACCGCGGCCAAGAAGACUUACGAGCCUCAUCGGUCUACCAAUGGUACUCCAUCUCGGCGUUCUCGCUCUCUACAUCGCUCUUUGCCUUGUGUAUGCCAUGGGGAGCAAUAUACCAGUGGACUUGACGAAGGCUUCGCACAUCCAAUCUCGUAUGAACUUCACAAGUCACGUCAUCAUGCUUGGUCUUUCCACCGUCAUCGUUGCUCUCAUGCAACCCAUCGCGACUCGUACCCCCUUCGGUCACCUCCCACGAUCUCUCACGUCGCUGUCCGACAAGCUCUCGUCCUGGAGUGGGCUCGGGUCUUCUCUGCUCAACCUCUACCAUAACCUACGCUACCCCACCACUCUCGGCAACGCGAUCAUUACAACGCUGUACUUCUCAUCGCUCUCAGGGCUUGGCGCCAGCUCUUCCUUCCUCUUCAACGUUCCGGCCGUCAACCAGACCACCUUCAGCAAGGUGCCGACCCAGAUCGGAUCGCCAUCUAAACUCGGUCUCAUCCCACCCGGGUGCAACGCCCCCGGAGAAAGCGCCAACUUCACGACCCUCACUUUCGAAUGGUAUCGCUCUGGCAUGAGCAUCGGCAUGCUCAACGACAACACGACGGCUUUCCCAGGAUUGAGCGCCAAUCGGAUAUACGACACACUUUUGUCGCCGCUGCCCGACUCCAACACGUCGGCGGAGGUUAACUACACCGAGUUUCAUGUGCAGUGCGGCAGCGUGCCGCAAAUGAACAUCUCCGUGUCGGACAUCGACCCUGACAGUGCACCAUACGUCGUCGAAUACAAAGACUGGAACUCAACCGACUGGAGGAAAGACAGCAAUUUUCACGCGCAGUUGACGAUCAAUUACCCGCUCGGGUCGACAGCAAUGACGCUGCGCGAUGGUCUAUCGCUAUCUGCGUACAAUAACGCGAGUUCCGUCGGCCGACUAUGGAGGCCUUCGGACAUCCUGUUGCGUGUUCCAAACAGCAACCUUAUGCCUGGUAUAGGCAGGAAUGUCGUCUUGUACAACGUCUAUAACGAGACUGGGCUCGCGUCCGGGAGCCAGCCUAUCCUCGACUCGGAGAACGCGACAGGGUCGCCGUGGCCCUUGGCAAUGCAGAUGGCGGAAGGCGCGUUUGGCACAGCCAUGCUUGUUCAGGUCAUCGGCUGUUCCCUGACCACGAGCAAUGGACGAGCGACGAUAGACGCUGCGACCAACCAACUCAUCAACACAACGGCGGCGCAGGAAGGUGGUGAAGUCCGCCGUAGUACCUGGGACGACUGGAAGCCCGACUUGAACAACUCGAUAUCGCUUGAGGAUACGUGGGCAUCGAUGUUUCUUCCCACGAUUGGUUCGGCUGGUCUCUGGGACAGCCCUCCCAUACCGCUUUUGCAGACACCGUUAUGGUCGUGCUUUUCCAUGCAGGCGGAGAACAACGCACGAGCGAAUGAGUCGGCCGCCAUGAACUAUACUGUGGCGCAACUACAGGAUAUGUAUGAUAACUGCCAUAUACCGACCGUCAUCGAGGAUUAUCUCACGACACGCCUAUUUGGGCCAGUGAUCGCGCACACCCUAGCCGGCGAUGCAGUGCGCGCACCGUCGGCGGCAAACGCGACUUUGCGCGCUCUCGAGUCCGCACUCGCAAAUGCUACUGCCAUGGCGAUGUGGUCCGCAGCAAGGGCGAAUACCCUUACCGUGAGCUGCCCCACGUACAACGUCACAGGUGCCCAAGACGAAGAGGCCCAGUUGGCGUCGGGAGAGUUCAUCCUCCCUCUGAGUACCGUCCUUGCACCGGUGAACGGCUCAACUGUAGUUCAAGGGCGGAAGCUCGCAGCGCACAUCACCAUUGACGUGCCCUCCUUGGUGAUAGGCACGGCGCUAGCGGUCAUUCUGACGGCCCUUGGCGCAUACAUACUCAUCAGGGAGGACACGGCGCGUAUGGCGGACGCGCCGAUCAGAGACGCUGGUCUUUUGAGUCUCAUGACACUGGAAAACUCGGCGAUAGCCGCGCGUCUGUCCGCAACCGGCUUGCAGUCUGCGCAAGCUCGGCGGCGGGCGGGAGAUUUUUUGGUGAGGAUUGUGGACGGGCGAUUCGUUAUAGUGGGAGAUGAAGAAGACGCGGACGUGAAGAGCGUGAGUGAUGGGGAUUCUGAGUCUCUGGCUGGCAAGUAG